AUGCCCCAGGCCACCGAUAACAAUGCGACCAUUGUUACCAACGGCACUCCCAUCCCCUCACCCCAUGACGCGGAUACUAUAGCACCAGUCUGUGCGAAGGUCUAUGAAAGGGUUCAUGCGUUCCUAAACUCUGAGGUCGAGGGACAAACUUUGAAGGGGGUGCAGCAACAGACCCGGAUCGCAUUGGGGGUAAUAGACGAAUGUUUGCAGAGAUAUAGUCUAGAAGAAAUAUCACUAUCCUACAAUGGCGGCAAAGACUGUCUCGUACUCCUAAUCCUCCUCCUUUCCGCUCUCCACACGCAUUCCCUACGAACCUCAUCUCCUCUACCGAAGGCGCUUCAAUCCGUCUACAUCAUCUCGCCUCAUCCAUUUCAGGAGGUAGACACCUUCGUCAAUACUACGCUUCAAGAGUACCACCUCAACCUGGUUCGCUAUGCAAAGCCUAUGAAAGAAGCCUUUCAACAAUACCUAGACGAUGUUCCCGCGGUAAAAGCCAUAUUAGUGGGAACGAGAAGGACGGAUCCUCAUGGGGCGUUAUUGACCCACUUCGAUAUGACAGAUCAUGGAUGGCCGAAGUUUAUGAGAGUACAUCCUGUUAUUGAUUGGCAUUACGCAGAGAUUUGGGCCUUUAUCCGCCACCUCGAAAUUCCAUAUUGUACACUUUACGACCGGGGAUAUACAUCACUUGGUGGAACUACUGAUACACAUCCAAAUCCAGCCUUAAAGGCUGGUGAUAAUAAGGAGAAUAAUGAUCAGGUAUUCAGGCCAGCAUAUGAGCUUGUCGAGGAUGAGGCUGAGAGGCUGGGGAGAGAUUGGUAG